AUGUCAGAUGAUUUUUUAAGUCAAGUUUUUGAACUAUUUUUUUCAAAGCCAUCUCUUAGUAAUUCUUUUCAAGUUAACUAUUCAAAUCUUAAAUCAUCAAUCUGGAUAUAUUUUGACAAAAAAAUAGCUGAAUAUUCUGGCACUAUAUAA